UUCAUAAUCAGCAACGCUUCCUCCCGUUUCCAAAAAAAACAAAAAAAAAAAAAUUCAGCAACGCUUCCUCUUGCUUCGGCGAUAUCUGAUAUGGCAUCAAACACUUUUCUAUCCAUUAUUUUUAUCUUUAUGAUUGGUACCAUCAUGUUUCUUCUCGGAGUUGCCGUUAACGAGUCACCACAAGCUCAUAUUGAUAAGGCAAACCCACAGAAUAUGACUCCGCCUGCCCCGGCGGCUAACCCCCCUAUUCACAACUAAGUAAGUAUAUGCGAUGAAUCCAUUUGAUACCGAUAAGCACCCACACCUCCUCCUCCACCACAAACACUAGAGAAAUGACCGCCUUCACACCUGAGAAAACACCGCCUUCUCCAAUUCAAUGUGCCCUGUUUUUUACCUCCUCCUCCACCACAAACGCCGGAGAAAUCACCUCCUUCAUACCGGAGAAAACCGCCUUCUCCGAUUCAAUGUGCCCUAUUUUGGCCUCAUCGUCCUCCACCAAAAACACCGGAGGAAUCACCGCCUUCACACUGGAGAAAACCCCGCCUUCUCUGAUGCACUGUUUUUUCCUCCCUAUUCCUCCACUACAAACUCCGUGCCCUGUUUUUAACUCAUCCUCCUCCACCACAAACACCGGAGAAAACAUACCUUCUUCUCCUCCACAACAAACGCCGGAGAAAUCACCGCCUUCACACCGAAGGAAACACCGCCUUCUCCGAUUCAAUGAUCCACCACAAACGCCGCCUUCUCUGAUGCCCUUGUUUUACCUUCCUCCUCCUCCACCACAAACGCUGAAGAAAUCACCGCAUUCAUACCGGAGAAAACAUCGCCUUCUCCGAUUCAAUAACCCACCACAAACGCCGCCUUCUCUGAUGCCCUGUUUUUACGUUCCUCCUCCUCCACCGAAAACGCCAGAGAAAUCACCGCUUUCACACCGGAGAAGACGCCGCCUUCUCCGAUUCAAUGACCCACCGGCCACCACAAACACCUCCUUUGUUGGAAUGGUUUUACCUCCCUCCUCCUCCACCGCAAAACCCAGAGAAAACACAGCCUUCUCUGAUGCCCUGUUUACCUCCCUCCUCCGCCACCACAAACCCCGUAGAAAACACCGCCUUCUCCGAUUCAAUGAGCCCUGUUUUUACCUCCUCCUCCUCCUCCUCCACCAAAAACACCAAAGAAAACAUACCUCUCCCAGUUCCGGUGUCAAUGACACUGUAGAGGUUGGCUAUCGCCAGCCUCCGAGAUCAGGAUUGAAGGAUCGAAUGUCACCGUUCAAGGUUUGUGGACUACCCACUGGUUUGGUUGGUUCUAACGGCAGAGACCCCGAGCACGAGACCCAGAUGGUUAGUCACCGGAUCAACUCUCAUUUGCUUAAGCCUUGUCUUCAGAUGGUUAUUCCAGAAGUUCUGCAUUUCAUUAUCUGUUCUUCCCAUUUAUAUUUCUUUUCUAGUUACAGUUUCUACGGGACUACUCUUUUUGUGAUGCUUGAUGAGGAGAUCCCCAAUGACUAUCUUAAUCACGUUUAUCGGGAAGCUGAGGGAUUUCUUCAUGCUAAGGACUACUUUUAUGUGUUAAAUAUUUGUUGUUAUAGACGAUGGUCCUCAUAAUCUUUCUCCUAUUCUCUUGAGUUGUGUGAUUGUAAAAUUUAUAAGUGACUAUGUCCGUUACUACUGAAUUCCUAUUAGAUUUCAAGUCUGUUUGAGUUGAGCUUUGACUAAUAUAAUGAAUAGAUACCAAUGUU